AUAAGGACAAGGUUCCUCACGCUGAGAAUAAGAUUCCUCACGCUGAGCACAAGGGUCCUCACGCUGAGGACAAGGCUCCUCAAGCUGAGGACAAGGUUCGUCAAGCUGCGAACAAGGUUCCUCACGCUGAGGACAAGGCUCCUCACGCUGAGGACAAGGUUCUUUACGCUCAGGACAAGGUUCCUCACGCUGAGGACAAGGUUGCUCACGCCGAGCACAAGCUUCCCCAAGCUGAGAACAAGGUUCCUCACGCUUGGGACAACGCUCCUCACGCAGAGAACAAGGUUCCUCAAGCUGGUGACAAGGUUCCUCACGCUGAGGACUAGGUUGUCACGCUGAAGACAAGAUUCUCACGCUGAUGACAAGGUUCGCACGCUGAGGACAAGGUUCCUCAAGCUGAGGACAAGCAUCCUCAAGCUGAGGACAAGGUCUUCAUGCUGAGGACAAGGUUCUCACGCUGAGCACAAGACUCCUCAAGCUGAGGACAACAUUUCUCAAGCUGAGGACAAGGUCCCUCACGCUGAGGACGAGGUUCCCCAAGCUGAGGACACGGUUCCUCACGCUGAGGACAAGGUUCCGCAAGCUGAGGACAAGGUUUCUCACGCUGAAGACAAGGUUCCUCAAGCUGAGGACAAGGCUCCUCAUGCCGAGCACAACCUUCCACAAGCUGAGAACAAGGUUCCUCACGCUUGGGACAACGCUCCUCACGCAGAGAACAAGGUUCCUCACGCUGGUGAAAAGGUUCCUCACGCUGAGGACAAGGUUGUCACGCUGAGGACAAGGUUCUCACGCUGAGGACAAGGUUCGCACGCUGAGGACAAGGUUCCUCACGCUGAGGACAAGCAUCCUCAAGCUGAGGACAAGGUCCUCACGCUGAGGACAAGGUUCUCACGCUGAGGACAAGACUCCUCAAGCUGAGAACAACAUUUCUCACGCUGAGGACAAGGUCCCUCCCGCUGAGGACAAGGUUCCCCAAGCUGAGGACAAGGUUUCUCACGAUGAGGACAAGGUUCCGCAAGCUGAGGACAAGGUUUCUCACGCUGAAGACAAGCUUCCUCACGCGGAGGACAAGGUUCCCCACGCUGAGGAAAAGGUUCCCCCUGCAGAGGACAAGGUUCCUCACGCAGAGGACACGGUUCCUCCUGCUCAGGACAAGUAUCGUCAGGCUGAAGACAAGAAUCUUCACGCUGACAACAAGGUUCCCCAAGCUGAGGACAAGGUCCCUGACGCUGAGGACAAGGUUCCUUUCGCUAAGGACAGGGUUCUUCAUGCUGAGGACAAGUUUCCUCACGCUGAGGACAAUGUUCACCAAGGUGAGGACAAUGUUCCUCACGUUGAGGAUAAGGUUCCUCACGCUGAGGACAAGGUUGCCCAAGCUGAGAACAAGGUUUCUCACGCUGGGGACAAGGCUCCUCACGCUGAGGACAAACCUCCUCACGCUGGUGACAGGGUUCUCACGCUGGGGACAAGGUUGCCAAAGCUGAAGACAUGUUACCCCACGCUGAGGAGAACCUUCCCCACGCUGAUGACAAGUUUUCCCGCGCUGAUGACAAGGUUCCUCUCGUUAAGGACAAGGUUCUUCACGGUUGGGUCAAGGUUACCCACGCUGAGGACAAGUUUCCUCACGCUGAGGACAAGGUUCCCCAUAUUGGAUUUGAAUAUUUAUUCGAACAGUCACAUUUUUGUGAUAAAAUAUGAACAUUUAAUGAGUAAAAUAUAUCGAGAUACAACUUGA